AUGAGAUUUUCCAACGUCGUGACCGUGGCCCUCAUGGCCACUUCGGCCGCCUCCUUCCCUAUUAGCGCAGCUGGCAAUGCCCCCGCGCCUCUUGAAGGUCUUGAGGGCCUCAUGGGCCGCAAUGCGGAGCCCCAGAAGCUUAAGGUCGACAAGCGUGAGCCUCAGAAGCUGAAGGUUGAUAAGCGCGAACCUCAGAAACUCAAGGUCGACAAGCGCGACCCCGAACCCCAGAAGCUUAAGGUCGACAAACGUGAGCCUCAAAAGCUCAAGGUCGACAAGCGCGAGCCCCAGAAGCUCAAGGUUGACAAGCGUGAGCCAGAGACCCCAAAGCUCACUCUCGAUAAGCGCGAACCCCAGAAGCUCAAGGUUGACAAGCGUGAGCCUCAAAAGCUCAAGGUUGAUAAGCGUGAGCCCCAGAAGCUUAAAGUCGACAAGCGCGAACCCCAGAAGCUCAAGGUUGACAAGAGGGAGCCCCAAAAGCUCAAGGUUGACAAGAGGGAGCCUCAAAAGCUCAAGGUUGAUAAGCGUGAGCCCCAGAAGCUUAAGGUCGACUAA